CUCUACUUCCACCUGGCACCCAAGGCAGAGGUUGGCGUCAUUGCCAAGGCGCUGGUGCGGCUCCUGCGGAGUCACAGUGAGGUGCAGUACGUUGUGCUGCAGAACGUGGCCACCAUGUCCAUCAAACGGCGGGGGAUGUUUGAGCCCUACCUGAAGAGCUUCUACAUCCGCUCCACGGACCCCACACAGAUCAAGAUCCUCAAGCUGGAGGUCCUCACCAACCUGGCCAACGAGACCAACAUCUCCACCAUCCUGCGGGAGUUCCAGACCUACAUCCGCAGCAUGGACAAAGACUUCGUGGCAGCCACCAUCCAAGCCAUCGGGCGCUGUGCCACCAACAUUGGGAAGGUGCGGGACACCUGCCUCAAUGGCCUGGUCCAGCUCCUCUCCAACCGGGACGAGCUGGUGGUGGCUGAAUCUGUGGUGGUCAUCAAAAAGCUGCUGCAGAUGCAGCCAGCCCAGCACAGCGAGAUUAUCAAGCACAUGGCCAAACUCACCGACAACAUCCAGGUGCCGAUGGCGCGAGCCAGCAUCUUGUGGCUUAUCGGCGAGUACUGCGAGCACGUGCCCAAGAUCGCGCCCGAUGUGCUGCGCAAGAUGGCCAAGUCCUUCACCAACGAGGAGGACAUUGUCAAGUUGCAGGUCAUCAACCUGGCAGCUAAGCUCUACCUGACCAACUCCAAGCAGAGCAAGCUGCUGACCCAGUACGUCCUCAACUUGGCCAAGUAUGACCAGAAUUACGACAUCCGCGACCGGGCUCGCUUCAUCCGCCAGCUCAUCGUGCCCACCGAGAAAAGUGGGGCCCUCAACAAGUAUGCCAAGAAGCUCUUCCUGGCCCAAAAACCCGCUCCCAUCUUGGAGUCCUCCUUCAAAGAUCGGGACCAUUUCCAGCUGGGCUCUCUGUCCCACCUGCUCAAUGCCAAGGCUGUGGGCUACCAGGAGCUCCCCGACUGGCCGGACGAGGCUCCUGACCCCUCCGUGAGGAACGUGGAGGUUCCUGAGUGGACCAAGUGCACCAGCCGGGAGAAGAGGAAGGAGAAGGUGGAGAAACCUUUCUACUCUGACUCAGAGGGAGAGUCAGGGCCCACGGAGUCGGCUGACAGCGAGCCCGAGUCCGUCAGCGAGGAGAGCAGCAGCAGCAGCAGCUCUGGCAGCUCCAGCUCCGGCAGCGACGAAGAGGAGGAGGAGGAAGAGGAGGAGGAAGGCAGCGGGGAGCAGUCAGAGGACAAGGAGGAGGAGGAGGAGAAGAGGACGAAGAGAAAGGAGAAGGAAGGCUCCCGGAAGGCAGCCCCGGGGACCGCGGGCAG